UCAACCGAAAAUUCAACAAACAACAACGACCCUUGGAAAAUUUACAAACUUUGACUUUUUUUCGUUAAAAUUGUGUUAUUUUGCGGGUUUCAUGAGUUCCAGUGUCUCCUAAUUUCGAAGAACUUUUCGGUGAACUGUUCCUUUGCCCCGCAAAAAAAUGGAUAUGGCCACCCGAGAUGACCUGGGGUUAGUUUGGAUGGGAGAGAUGCUUCUUCCGAACAACUCCAACGAAAUGAUGAUGGACCAUCCUGUUGACACUUCUGCUUAUUUUACGGCGGCCCAGCCUGCAAUUGAAGACUAUCAGCCACGACCACCCAUGGAGAUGGAUGGGUUUAUGAUCCUUGAAGAACUGGAGGACCCCAUGUAUUAUGGUAUGAAUAACUCAAUGACUAUGAUGGCGAUGCAGGAUGACCCACAUACAAAAAUGGUCACAACCUCUGGUACACAGACGGCUCAGUUGCCCCAACCAGUCUACGCUUCCCGCAAGAUUAAACCGGUCAAGCACCCAGCACUCAAGCUACAAACACCUAUUGCAUAUCAGAGUGAUACCGAUCACAAUGUCAUUCCUAUUCAACCAGAAGGCAGAGGUGUUUGUGAGAAAUGCGGUGCUAUAGGUGUAAAACACUCUUUUUACACAAGAGAACGACGAUACUGUAGCAUGCAGUGUGUGAAGUUGGCUAACGAGGAUGCAGAGAAGUACUACCUAGCAAUGAAUCAAAAACAGCAACAGCAAUCUGCUCCACCGCAGCAAGAGCAAAAUACUAGCUCUGACAUGCAGGUGGAUCCACCAUCGAAACCAUCACCUCAAAUUCCACCACCAAUACCCUUAUUUCUCCCAGACGAGCCUCCUUUUCCACCAGAUAAAAAAUUAAACUCAGAGCUUCAGCAGUCCUACAACUGGUCACUUCAACUGAAUGACCCGGAGUUUCAAGCUGCUCCAGUCUCAAACUUCAAACACGCCCCCAUGAGUGAUUGUUGGGACAAUGUCAUUGUUGGAAUGAAGGUUGAAGUAGAGAACACUGAUUGUGAUAAUUUCUCAGAAGAUUUCCCUGAUUCAUUUUGGGUUGCUUCAGUCUUAGAAAUUUCUGGUUAUAAAGCAUUACUACGGUAUGAAGGUUUUGGUGAUAAUUGUAGUAAAGAUUUCUGGGUGAAUCUAUGUUCAUCAUCAGUACACCCAGUCGGCUGGUGUGCCACUCGUGGGAAACCUCUGAUACCUCCUAAAACAAUAGAAAAUAAGUUCCAAGACUGGAAGGAUUUCCUCGUUCGAAGACUGACAGGGGCACGAACUCUGCCCUCGACGUUUUAUUCUAAAGUUCAAGACAGUAUGAAAUCUAGAUUCAGGUGUGACCUUAACUUGGAAGUUGUUGAUAAAAACAGAAUAUCUCAUGUCAAAGUAGCAACCAUUGAAAAAAUAGUAGGCAAGAGACUGCAACUGAGGUAUUACGAUUCUCAACCUAAUGAAGAUGUAUUUUGGUGUCAUGAAGAUUCCCCCCUCAUCCAUCCUGUCGGUUGGGCCAGACGUGUUGGCCACACAUUGGAUGCGCCUCCAGCAUAUGUUGACCGAUGUUCCAAAGGCUUGCGGGAUAAGGACGAUGCAACUGAGGACCUUUUCCCAAUGGUCGAUUACAAGCAUCUCCCCUCAGGACUAGCUUUCCAAGAGGGUAUGAAACUUGAAGCAAUAGAUCCGCUCAACUUGUCUGAAAUCUGUGCAGCCACUGUUAAACAGGUCCUAAAUGACGGUUACCUGAUGAUCCGGGUUGACUGUUAUGAUGAAGAUCCAAACUUAGUGGAUUGGUUCUGUUACCAUAUUACAUCCCCGUGUAUCUUCCCUAUUGGGUUCUGUGCCAAAAAUGAACUACCGCUCACCCCUCCAAAAGGCUAUCUACCGAAUACUUUCAAUUGGACUGAAUACCUUGCAGCCACUGGUUCUGCGGCAGCGCCGGUCAACCUCUUCAAUAGCUUCCAGGAUCGGCCGAUGCACAAGUUCACUGCAGGUAUGAAACUGGAAGCGGCUGACUUAAUGAAUCCGCAAUAUGUAUGUGUAGCAACAAUAUCUCGAGUUGUCGACAGACUGCUCAAGGUUCACUUUGAUGGUUGGGAGGAGGAGUAUGAUCAGUGGCUUGACUGUGCUAGCUGUGACAUUUACCCCGUCGGUUGGUGUGAGCUUGUUUCCCGUCGUCUUGAGCCCCCUCGCCCACCCAGCAAAAAUGGUAUCAAUCAAGUGAGUCGACCUAUUGGCAGAGGUCGAAAACGACACAAGCGGCAUAAACCUGUAAAUAGCGGUGUGCGAAAACCAGCGCAUACAUCAGAACAACCAUCACAACAGUGCAUCAAGGAGGAGAUUGUACCUGAGAUAAAUGAUCCUCAUAGUGGCACUAAAGAUCAUAGGAUGACUGAUGAUAGCAGUUCCUCAAUGAAUGCAGAUAAGAGGCAGCUGCAACAUUUAGGAUCAACCGUACGGUUUGAAGGCAGUAGUAGUACAGUUUCCGGUAACCCAGAGCCUGAGACAGCGAUGGAAUCAGUUGGACCUGACCAGUCUCUACCAAUGUCAACUAGUUCAUCUUCUGUUAAAACGGAGCCGCCUGUAGGCACCAAAGUUUCGAGUGUGAUUCCGCGGUUAUCAGACUCAACAUCUAGUUCUCAACAAGUUACGCCAAUGGAGUGGGAUGUGACCCAAGUGGCUGAGUUCCUCCGGAUCAAUGAUUGUGCGGCUUAUUGCGACAAUUUCUCUGGGAAGAACAUCAAUGGCAAACAGUUACUGGAACUGACCAAGGAGCAGAUAAUUGACUUAACAGGAAUGAAAGUUGGACCCUCAUUGAAAAUCUUCGACCUCAUCCAACAACUCAAAAAUAGAAUGAACCCAUCGUCAUCUAGAAGUAAAAUAUUAGGCCUUAAAAAAUUCUUGUAAAUUUUUAAUUUAGAAUCCUCAAUCCUUAAGUUUAAAUGAAUUAGGAGAUAAGAAGUCACUAGCGACCUUGCAUUAUUUAGCUAAAAUAUUCUUCUCUUAGAUUUUUUUAAGUUGAGACAGUCUUCUAAUGCUCUUCUUGAUCGAUACUCUGAACUUCAAUAUUUUGAAUUCAUGAAUCUAAUAAGAAGAUCUUCUAUAUUAAACUCCUCUCACUUUAUAUAUAUUGAUGUCUUGAUUCGUAUUUUAAAAUUACGAAGAUAAUCCAAACAAAGUGUUACUGUUUGAAGAUGAAUCUUCAAGUACUAUUGUUUGAAAAUAAAUCAUCACAUCCCACAAAAAAACCAUAAAUAUGUUUAAGUCCAUGAAGUUUGCGGACUUGAUCAGAAAUAUCAGGAGCAGCAAAAUUUUAAGUGAAUGAUUAAUUAACAGCAAUAUAUCACUCAGGGAACUGUGAUUUUGAAAGUUGACCCCUCUAAAAUUCAUAUCUAGGUGGAAUUUUGGUAUGACACACACUCUGGUGUGUCAUUAAAAUCCACUGUUUUUCAUGUACACCUGAUAUAUUGACGCUCGACAGUGAAACUACGGAAAUGGGUAUUUCGUUUGAGGUGUUUUUAAGUCUUAGCUCCCAUUUUAGUAUAUCAAAAGAGAAAAAAUCAACGGUAUUGCUAGAAAUUUUGGCAAAAUGUUCUUUACUUAAAGGAAAAAAAUUGAAAAAGUUUUCUAGAAAUGACGAGUAUUUUUCCAUCUAUAGAAUGAAGUAUGACAGGAAGUCUGCAAAGUCAGGCAACGAGAUGUGUGUCCCUGCAGUUUCACUGUCGAAAUGCAGUAUCAGAAUCAUUCGACUGUUGCUAUGGAUCACUGGUAUUUCUAAAGAGUUAUUAAAAAUAUUGAUCUCAUCCUAAAUUCGUUGAAACUUUAUAAGUUAUGCAAAUCAUCGUUUAUCAUGAACGUCACCUUUUAUGUAUUUCAAAGCUACAGGAAGUCAAACAUGCACUUUUUCUAUUAUACGUAAGCUGUCCCAUAAAUACCCGGACUGACACCAUAUUUCAAAAAUAAUCUACUUAACAGACCUUGGUUUCAUUAAAAAUGGAAUAAAAAGCAAUUGGCUGAGACCAAGACCAACUUAUUCGGACAAAAAUUGACAAAGUUAUUGCAGUUUAAAAAUAGGGUGUAUGAAAAGACCUUACGAGUGUUUUACAAAAAUUUCUCCUGUCUUCUGAUUCUUCAAGAACCUCUCUCUCGUUCUUAGAGUAUUUACCUUCGGAUCUAACAUUUUUCUUUGCGUUCUCUUCAUUUUUAAUGUAUUGUUAUCUGGAGUUCCUCCAUGGGGAUGCUUUUGAAAAAUUCCUGUUUUUUGUUCUCAAGUGCUUCCUAUGAUUCAAAUUGCUUUUCGCAAAAAACUUGCUUAAAGUCUGGAACUAGCCAGACAUCACAUGAUGCUAAAUUGGGGCUGUACGGUGGAUGCCUAAUGGUUUCCAUUCUAUUCUUUGACAUGAAAUUUGUGGUGGCUUGCAAAGUGUAUGGUCGCACAUUGUCUUGGUGUAACAUCCAGGUUGCCUUUAAAUGUGGACAUUUUGCAAGACAUGAUAACAAAAGUCCUUUAUAACACUGCAAUAUGCAAUAAUCUCUAUUUACCUUGGUCCUUUCUGGCUCAAAGUGCUGACAAACAAGGCCCUCAGAGUCUAAAAUACAAUUAGAAUUACUUCGCAUGCUGAUUUUUUUACUCGAAUCAACUUAACUUAUCAACUCAAAAAUUUUUAUGGUCUUUUCAUAGGCUCUAUUUUGAAACUGCCGUAACUUUGUCAAUUUAUGUUGGAAUGAGUUUGAGUAGCUCAGUUUUUGAAUUGGCGCGUCAAUAUGGGUAUUCAUGGGACAGCCCUUGUACAUAUAGGAAGCAAAUAUAGUUUUUAUCUGUCAACUCAAUGAAAACAUGUAUUUUUUUUGUCUUUGUAAGUUUCUGCCUUUUUUCGAAAAAAAUCAAAGUAAGCUCUUAAAUUAUGAAGACUUUUUAAGUUUAUUUCUCCAAAAGUAUUUUACAAAGGUAAAUACACUACUGUUCUUCACACUCUUGAAUCCCUCUGGAUAGUGUGAAGAAUUUCUUUAAUUCUUGGUUUCUGCCUUCGUCAUGUCUAUUUCAUGUUUUCUUUUAUUCUUGUUUUCUUUUUUUAUAAUAAUACAAGAAAGAAAAAAACAAAAACAGCAUUGUACUAUAAAAUUAAGUUUUUUCACUGUCUCUUGAAGAGCAACAGAAUUUAUAUAUCAAGAACAGUGUGUAUAUAAAAUGUAAAAUUUCAGAUCUCCAAUUUAGAUACUACAUGUUUUACAAAGUAGCAAUGAUUUUUUUAUCAUUUUACCUUUUGCUUUUUAAUUUCUUCUUCUCUUUCUAACAAUUUUUUUUUUUUUUGCUUGUCCAGCCAAAAUAGAUUUACAUCUAUCUUGCCAUUUGGUACAUCACCAUGAAAAUAUCUUCAUAUUUUUAUUUGUGUGCUAUUAGCAUGUUUGUUCUCGAAAAUCUCUGUAGUUUAUAAGAUCAAGACUCUUUUUUUUUUUUACAUUAUUACCAAGAAAAGCAAAAUUUCACCUGAGAAAGAUUACUUCUUUUUUAACCAUAUUUUUUCUCAUUUUCUUGUGUUGGUGAAAUGGAACUUUUUUUCCUUCUCCCUUUUUAUCUAGAAUUGUUGUUAGAAAAUUAUAUAUUUACAUAAAAAUCUGUCACCAAUAUUAGCACAGACAUAAGAAACAAAAUCCUAAAAAUGUUACUUAACUCCUUAAAUAUCGUGAAUGUGUGGCAUCAGCUAAUAAACUGUUCAUUAUGGGCUCUUUUAGACCAAAAAGCAUGUAUCAGCAAUCUUCCUGAUUAAUUUCAACUCUUAAAAACUUCUAAUUCUAUAUGUGCAAUUUUACUUUAUUUUUUGUCUUUGUCUCCAUCAGGUUUAAGAAAUUUUAGGUUUGAAAAAUUCAUAAUGUCAUACUAGCAGAUAGUGCUUUUUUUGAGGAAGUAGGUUUUCUUAUCUGCUCUGCUACAUAACGCUUCUUUUUUCUUGUCAUUUUUAAGAAUGUACAAACCAACAGUAAGUUGAUAAUUUCAAAUAUUGAUGUUAUUACUUAAUCAAGUUUGACCAAAACUUAUUCAGCGAUCAAAUCAUCUCAUCUAAAAUAUAAUUUAUAAAAAUAAGAUGAAUAAAACUCAAGACUUAUUUCAUGAUCAUUAAUAUCUAUCUUUGUGUCAUAACACCACUUUUUCAUUUAACUGAUCGCAACAAAAAAAAAUCAAAAUUGAAGUCUAGAACCAUGAGAGUAUUUUAGAAAUCCUUUACUUAGAAAUAUCUAGCUUCAAAAAAUGAGUUAUUUUGCCAAGUGAAGCUACACCGUUUAUUUUGUUUCUGGUGUUAAUGUAAGCAAUUUAGAAUUUUUUGCUGAUAUAUUUGCCAAAACACUUUUGGCCCCCCAUGUGAGUAAUAUAAUCCAUAAUGGAUCUCUAGAUAAGGUACAUUAAGCAUUCUGAUAAUUAUGUUACCUUUUCAAAAUUUCGUUUAAAAGAUGAUUUGCGCCACUGAAAAUCGCAAAAAUUAUUUCCUAACCAAGAUAUCAAUGUUUUUAUUUAGCACUGGUUACGAAUUUUUCUGUAGAAGGCAAGUCUUUGAAAGGAUGUUGAAAUCAAGUUCAUAAAUUGAUCCUGUACACAAUUUUUCAACUCCUAAUCUCAGUUUCAUCUGAGUUUCACAGUGUUAUUUUAAAUUAUUGAAAAUUAAACUUAGUAACAGCUUGAUAGUAUUCUUUCAAUUGCUAUUCAGGGCUGCCAUAUUUGUUGAAGGAUCCAUGCAUUCGUUCUGGUAUCCUUCGGAGAAUGCGGCUUGAAUAGUAUAAGCCAGCAUAGUUGUAUAGUGUGUACCACCGAUUUGCCUUGUCAAUAUCCAUUUUUGGAAUUUGGUGAGAAAUUUCACCCGGUUUUUCCCAGUGUUUCAGUGUGAACAUUUGUUAAUAUUGAAACUGUCAGGUUAUUCAGAUUGGGUCUGGUUCUAACUCAGCCCGUUUUGCCUAGUCAAAAUUUAUUUGUCGAUAAAUUGUCAAGUGCUUUAAUGUUUUGACUAUUGAAAGCUGAAAUCAACGCAUUUUUGCAGUAGUUUUUGUUCUGAUCAUCUAUUUUUUUACAAAUAUUUUUUCCUGUAAAUAAACUAUAGAGUUUACAAAUCUAAAA